CACGUAACACUAACACAACACACGGGAGAGACGGACAGAGUGGCAGCAUAUUAUCGGUACAGUCUGGUUUCUGCUGGAUGUAAAUAACCAAAUAGAAAGACCGAAAUCAUAUUUGGACGGCUGAACUCGCUAGUAAAGCUGGAAGGAGGUGGUGGACCGCCGAUAUGCACUCAGCAGGAUGGAUUCUAUGUAACUCACAUGAGAUGUGAUGACAUAACGAUGAAGAAGAUGAUGGAGAAGGGGGAGAUAGACCAAAAACACACCGGCCAAGUUGUGCUGGUCAAGAGGAUCAUAAUGAAGCAUGACAAUCCGGUCCAGCAGGGAAUCGGGAAGCCGAGCGUGUAUCAUGCUGUUGUGGUCAUCUUUCUGGAGUUUUUCGCCUGGGGUCUCCUGACGACGCCGAUGCUUACUGUUUUACACGAAACAUUCCCCACACACACCUUCUUAAUAAACGGCCUCAUCCAGGGAGUGAAGGGUUUGCUGUCGUUUAUGAGCGCACCGUUGAUUGGUGCACUAUCAGACGUGUGGGGCAGGAGAUCGUUUCUAUUGGUUACCGUGUUCUUCACGUGUGCGCCCAUCCCGCUCAUGAGACUCAGUCCGUGGUGGUACUUUGCCAUGAUAUCAGUGUCCGGUGCUUUUUCCGUCACUUUCUCCGUAAUCUUCGCGUACAUUGCAGAUGUUACGGAUGAGCGCGAGAGGAGUACGGCAUAUGGACUUGUGUCUGCGACGUUCGCAGCGAGUCUGGUCACCAGCCCGGCCAUCGGCGCGUACCUCUCGGCCAGUUACGGCGAUAAUCUGGUGGUGCUGGUGGCGACCCUCAUCGCUCUGGCCGACAUCUGCUUCAUACUGCUGGCCGUCCCAGAGUCGCUGCCCGACAAGAUGAGGCUCAAUACAUGGGGAGCGCCAAUCUCCUGGGAACAGGCUGACCCGAUUGCUUCUCUGCGGAAAGUUGGGCAGGACACAACCGUUCUUCUCAUUUGUAUAACGGUAUUUCUGUCCUAUCUGCCCGAGGCGGGUCAAUACUCCAGCUUUUUCCUCUACUUGCGUCAGGUCAUUAACUUCUCGCCCAAAACGAUCGCCGUGUUCAUCGGCGUGGUGGGAAUCCUCUCCAUCCUGGCGCAGACGCUUUUUCUCACUUUAUUAAUGAGGACCAUCGGGAACAAGAACACAGUUCUUCUGGGUCUGGGUUUCCAGAUUGUCCAGCUGGCCUGGUACGGUUUAGGGUCCGAGCCGUGGAUGAUGUGGGCGGCCGGUGCGGUGGCAGCCAUGUCCAGCAUAACAUUCCCUGCAGUGAGCGCUUUAGUGUCACGCAGCGCAGAUCCGGAUAAACAGGGUCUGGUUCAGGGCAUGAUAACAGGUAUUCGGGGUCUCUGUAACGGUCUGGGUCCUGCACUCUAUGGCUUCGUUUUCUUCCUCUUUAAUGUCGAGCUGAGCGGGAUCACCACCAUCCAACCCGACUACGCCAUCCCUGUUCAGAUCCCCACAGAGAAGACAAUGAUCCCUGGUCCUCCGUUCCUCCUGGGCGCCUGCACGGUGGUUGUGGCGUUUAUAGUCGCUCUGUUCAUACCGGACAACCCGUCGCCACCAGGGACGCCCUGCCAAAGCAGUAAGAGCAGCGCGAGUCUGGCCGGAGCCCACACCAACACACCGCUGCCGGGGAGCGACGAGGACUUCGAACCGCUGCUGGAGGACAGCACUGUGUGACUGUAACCCUCAACCCAAAUCAUGUUUGGGGAAAAAAAAAAAAAAAAAAAAUCGCAAACCCUCCACCUGUCGGGCGACUAACGUUUGGGAGCGAAGCAGUAUUUAUUUAGUGUGUUUUAUCUGAUUUUUGUUGUUUUGAUGAAACGGUUAUUGGUUUGGAACUCAGAGGCUUUUUUAUUGACCGUUUUUACAGUGUUUAACAUUCAGUGUACAAAUGAAUCAACACUCUAAGGGCUCGAUCAGUGGGAUUGGAUGCUGUGGUGGAGUUUGUUUGAUUCUUCCGGAGUUUAAAGGCAAAGCUCUUUAUAUAUAUAUAUAUAUAGAUAGAUAUUUGGGCAAAGUGCAGUAAAGGUUAUUGUUUAUGGAGCUUGUGGUGACUUGAAGCUUAUUGUUAUUCUCGUAAGAUUGAAGGAAAAACUGGAUGAAUUUCAUGAAAACGGUCAUUGCAACUAGGAGUGGGCUAUAUGACCGAAAUCUUAUUUUACAAUAUGAGACAUUUUAUUUCACGAUAACAAUAUAUAUCACAAUAUAGUUGUUGUUUUAUUUUAUUUAUUGUUAUUAAAAAUAA